UUUCUAACUCCACAUCCCUCUCAUCGUGUUCCCUCACUCUCCUAUCUGUUGUGAUGUUUAAUCUGUGCAAACGCAGAGAGGAGCUGCGUGUGAUCGCACGUUUUUCCAAAGCUGGCGGAGAAAAUGACUGGAAGCGCAGGGAGUAGUAAAGGAGUCAGGGCUGGGUUAAUGACGCUUGAGGGACUCCUCUAAACACCUGUAUGUGUCUAUGCAUGUGUCAGAAACGUGCUGAACUUGCACAAGUGCAUCUACCUAUACUUCUUUGAUCUAUCUUAACGACGUAGUUAUCAUAUUGAAGCUUCAUUCGUUUCAAGUUUUAAGCAGAAAAAAAAUCUAAAAUGCUAAGGGUAGCGCGGUGAUGUACCUACUGGGAAUAUGGUACUUGACUUUUUAUGAUACCAAACCCUCUUCACCUGUAUCAUCUACUUUCUUCCUUUCUGUAUUCGUUCUAAAGAAAACCGAAAGGGGAAAACUACAGGAUGACAAACAGGAGGUUGUUGUUUGGUUACUUUUUGGUCAAAGUUCUGGUGGCGGAAUGCGACGCCGGAGGCGAACCUGGGCAGCAGAACCUGGAUGGAUUCGUGAUGGUUUCGGGGUCCAACGGAUCAGCGGACAAUAGCUUUCCACAUACCCCGCACACAGAAGACCGAUGCCGUGGAUAUUACGAUGUAAUGGGCCAGUGGGAUCCACCGUUCGUUUGCAAGACCGGCAAUUAUUUGUACUGUUGCGGGACUUGUGGUUUCCGCUUCUGCUGCGCCUUUGAGAGCUCACGUCUCGAUCAAGAAACCUGCAAAAACUACGACACUCCUGUAUGGAUGAUGACGGGCCAGACCCCGUUCAAAAAGAACGACCCCAGGCAUGAUCCCACCAAGGAUAAAACUAACUUGAUUGUUUACAUAAUUUGUGGAGUAGUGGCCAUCAUGGCGCUUGUUGGGAUAUUCACCAAACUUGGACUGGAAAAGGCUCACCGACCACAAAGAGAGAAUAUGUCCAGGGCUCUUGCUAAUGUGAUGAACCAACAAGGUCCCUGCCCUGGAGAGCAUCCACGUGAAGACGGCUUGGGGAUGCACGUUCCUCACUAUGAAAACAUUCAGGCUAGAGCGACGGCUAACAGCCUCCAGGGCGCCCAGGUAAACCACAUAGGCCCCGGCUCUCCGCUGUUACCCACCACGACCCAGCCUCACUCGUACCCGGCCCUGGGCCAGCUGGUCCACGCAUACGAGCAGCCGCAGCCCAACAAGGAGAUGAACAAGUACGCCUCUCUGAAGGCCGUGGCGGAAAAGGCCAGCGAUGACUUCUACAGCAAGCGGCGGCACCUGGCGGAGCUGGCGGCCAAGGGCAACCUCCCCUUGCACCCCGUGCGGCUGGACCACAACCCCGGCGGCCCCUACAGCCCCGAGGAGCCCUGCCUCAAGCAGAACGGCCACAAAUCCAAAAUGACCAAGGGCCAUGGCACCCACCCCAAGGCCUACAGCUGCAACAGCAUCACCAGCCCAGGAGCGCUGAAGGGUUGGGGCAGCACAGAGACCGCGGAGCGGCGGAAGGGCCACACGUCCAAGAAGCAGUGCACCGUGGAGGAGGUCAAUGAGCUGCAUGCGGCCCGCGGCCAGCACUUCCACCCCUAUUUUGUCACCAACAGCAAGACGGAGGUGACUGUGUAGGAGGGAGUCAUUGGCAUGACCCCACCCUGCCCCUACAGCCAACUACCCACCCACACAACCAACCCCCCUCCCCUCUCCCUGUUCAGCCUGACAGUGAAAAAACAAACAAGCAUGGGGGUCCAUCAGGGCCUGGUUCCAGGCAGUGCGGAUUUGCACCACGUCCGCUGAGGACAGGCGCCGGCAGGGGCAUCCCAUAAUCCCAUGUCGUGUUCUGCCCAUGUGACGCACUCACUGCAGUAAAACUUCCUAUCGAUGGUCAUAAUCCUUGUUAACAGAAAAGUAAAAGUGAUGAUAAUUGUGUUCAUUUACAGUAACAGAAACGAGGGAUUUCCACUAUAAAACACAGAAAUCACUGCAUCCACAGUGAUGUGAGAUGGCGAACACACAGCUCAUAAACGUUCAGAGCGAACUGGCAGAUAUGGCAGCCUGGACUGUGUCUGCAAUAUUAGCAGUGGCCCUGGUUGUGUGUGUGUCACACCCAACCUAUUUGACUCAUCCAGAAGGAAAACAAAUGAUCCUUGGGGUGGCCAAGCCUAUUUGUAUUGACAUAACAGUGAGAUAAUCAAGGUUUCUGAUUUCUGCUAAGCUUUGCAAGGAAAGUGACUCUGAUAUUAUCUACCAGGAAGCAGAGGCGAUAACUAGAAGAUGCAGGUGAUGGGGUCACAUCUGUGCUCCUCCUGAGUCAGUCUUGAUGAGGAGGAGGAAAGGAGGGACUGCAAGCAGCAGACGGGGAAUCGACGCAAACCAACAACGAACUCUUAUUGUCCGUGUGACCUCUGAUGCAGUUUCCUAUAUGUUGGGCUGUGCCUUUGUUUUUUAUUGUUCAUUUGUGUCUAAGAGCUAAACUUACAAACAGCUAAAGAUAUAUGUAUAUAUUAGGAAAAUUAGGAAGAAAAGAAACACAAGUUAAAGAUUUAUUUAGAGUGCAUCAUGAACCAGACACUCGUACAGUGUGUGGUACCCGGCUGAACACUGAUUUAUUCUUUAUUGUCCCAGUUUAUAGAAUUCCCCAGUUCUAGCAGAUCUCUUGCUCAACAUGGGCACCUGCAGAGGCUAUCAGACAUGUGCAUCUAGAACCACAGGCUUCCUUUAACUCACACGUCCAGAGGCAGAGCACUGUCCCGCUGCAGAGACAGGGUAUGGGGGGGGGGGGGGGGGCAUCCCUCCACCACAGAUGGUUAGUGAGGCGUGGCAGGGAAUUGUGGCUGGAUCCUCUCUCUGGGCAGUUCACCCACCACUAGGCAUCCAUGGGAGUAUUGAUUUUGCUUAUUCGGUAUUACUUUGGCUUAAGGGUGUUGAUUUUACAGUGUAGAGUGAAGACGCAGGAAGAGCACAGCUUGCAUUGAAUCUUUCCAGUUGAUCUCAUGCCCAGAUGACAGUUACCUUGAUGCUUCCAGUAACAUCCUUCUGUGUACCACACAAUCGACUCUCCAGAACCAAAAUCACCGUCUGUAAUAUUUUGCAAAAGGUAAACUUAAGACGUGUUAUAGCAAAGAACUUUAAUGACUGAACGGCUUCCUUUAACUUCCUUUAAAUGUCUGACGGUUCACUGUGUUGCUAAUUAGUGAUGCCUAUGGCAUUGUUGUCAUCAUACAUCCUCACUAAGACAGAAAGAAAGAGGAAAAUAUUAAUAGAAAAGCAAGAUGUCUAUGUGACAAGAAGACCACACCCUACAAGCUUAGAAAUGUGGAUGUCUAUUUUUAACUAUUUUAUUUCUCAACAUUUUGAACAUUUUGCAACUUUUUCUGCUGUCUUUUGUAUGUCUAUUCAGAAAUAUAGCAGCCAUUAGUGUAAUUUUUGAAUUGGAACCCAGUAAUUCCCUUGGUUAACUUUUAUAUAAAGUGCAGGAUGAAGACACAAAAGUUUGAUUAUUAUUAGUCAUAAUGAGCACAUAUCUUAUUGACUGAAUGGCAGGACUCCUGAUGGCAAGAAUAUAUAAUAAUAUUUUUGUCAUUACAACAACGGGACCAACUGCAGGUUUUAAAAGUGCAGAAAUGCACAGUGUUUGAAGCUCGAGAGACAUUUAAUGAGAGCGAAGGUUAGGGUUAGCCUUUUUGUUUUUUAAAUUUGACUGCAUGUCUGAUUUCUCAUUAUACAAAGCUGUGUAACUCCACUGUGAAAGUGCAGAAUUCCCUCCAGUCUGAGAACAUUCCUCAUGAAUCUGCUUAGGCUCUGUCUAGCUGCAUGGCUGAACAUUGCAUGGUUUUUGAUAUUAAAUAUUAAAUUCAGUGUUUCCUGCAGAUCUUGUCUUUAUAUAUUAUUUAUAAUACAGAAUAUUCAGUACUAUGUCAUAAUUUAGCAGCAAUAAAAAUAAUAAUAAUGAUAAUAAUGAUAAUGAUAAUGAUAGUAAUUGGGUAGCACCUCCAAGGUCAGGGUUUGGCAUCCAGCCUCUGCUCUGUGUUUUGCAUGUUCUUACCAAAUCGCGUGGGUUUUCUCCAGCUAUUGCAGUUUCCUUCCAUGGUCCAAAGACAUGCACAUAUGAUAGCUGUGAUGGACUGGUGUCCUGUCCCGGGCGUCCCCAGCCUUGUGUCCUGAGCUGCCGGGGACUGGCUGCAGACCCUCCCCAUAACCCUGGCCAGAUUAAGCAGCUGGAAGACAGACGAACAGAGAAAAACAAUAACCUAUUGCUACUUGACAGUUCUGUGUAAUUAAAUUUAGUUUUCAAAUUAUUAUUCAUUGUUAUACUUAGUUAUUGUUAUUAUUCAGUUAUUGAACUACAAAAUCUAUUGGAUUUUAUGAAAGUAAUACAAUAAAAGUGAAUGUCAAGAAGCGUAUAGCUAUGAAAAGGUCCCAAUAUAAUAUUUGAUUAUUUCAUCUGGAUAUAUUGAUAUAUUUGCCAGAUUAGAACAAGGAUUUUAACAUGAAAAACUGUAAUGUAAGAUAUGCUAAAAUGGUUUUAUUUAACGAGGGGCUCUGAAGCAAAGGUCAUUUAACGUCUUGUCGUCCUGGUUAACCUGUUGAUGACCAGGAAUUUUGAGAGUGGCACUUAGAGCGUUUGGAGCGUGCGCAGUGACAGUGACAGUGUGUGCCGAGGAUCUAGCCCUCAGCUCCCAGUGCUGCUGUGGUUACCAUCGCUCUGUACCCGGCCCAUGUGCUUCGUAACCCGAAACUUUGCUCGACUCACUAACUGAAACCUUGUUUGUGUUUCCCACAUACGGUGCUUGUGUGUGUUUAGAAAAUUCUAGUUUUGCAUAAUGGUCUUAUUUAUAGCGUAUAGAUGAUACGGUUCCAAACAGUUAGUAAGUAAUGUAUUCCUGGACCAAUCCACAUGUGCGUGUACCAUAUAAAAUAUGGAUUAAUUUAUUUAAAUUGGUUUGAAUAAUAUUGAUGUUCUGUAAAAUUAUUUUGGAAUUAAACACUGUAUGUGUAUUUAUUUUUAAAAAGUAUUAAUCACCCACUUUACAAAUGUUUAUAAAUUAGGUCCAUUGGUAUUGCUAACAGUUUGUAUUCAUGACAUGUUGACAGUUUAUGUGCAACUAAUAUAAAUACUCGACUUGAGUGGGAAAAUCAGUCGAUGCAGCGAUCUUUCAGCAUUUUCGAUACCGAAUUGAUGCUCGAUACUGUAGAGGGACUGCUGCAGUCGGCGCUGAAAUAAUAGCUGACUUUCAGCAGAUCAUCAUUUUCCAUCCAUCCUUGUUUAAUGUUGCGCUGCCCUUUCUUCGUCCCAUUUCCCCUUCUCUGGAUGAAGAAUUACAUGCCAAUUACUUCCAGUUCCCUCAGGUGGUCAUUUAACUUUCGGUGAAAAGCUUUUCACUGAAUUCCAGGGGCUGUAUUGGCCCUGCUUAAUGGAACAGAUGACAGUUCUCACUGUGUUAGUCAUUGUACAGCCAAUACCUCUUACAUUUCAAUAACACACCAUGUUUGAUUUGUGGAAUAAAGGUGAGACUCGUGCCAGCAGAAAGCCGCAGAACAAUAUAGUUUAAUAGUGGUUAUGGUGCUUCUUCAGUGGGCACAUGGCUACCAGGUCAUAUUUCAGGAUAUGUUCUAGUCUUACAUCCUAAACCAAUCAACCUGGUCAUUCAGGAUCAAUAUUUCUGCAAGCAAUGAACAUGGCAUAAGGAAUUUGUGCUCUAUAUGUACUGUUAUAGUCUGAAAGUCCCUAAUCUCCUAUCACGAUCAGACCUUUAAUUGGCUGUGAAAAAAUUCCCCCUUAUUUAUUAAUCCAAUGAGGCAUCGAGGGAGAAUCUGGGGAAGCAGGCACCAUUUCUGGCUGUUUCAUAUUUACUCUAAAGCAGGUGGCUGAUCCCACAAGGGGUUUCCCACGUCACUGCAAAUUUCUGCUGGCUAAAGACAGCAGAAUUAAGUCUGACAGAAGAAGUUGUCUAAUUUAGGAAAUGUAAAGUCCUCAGUCUCGUUUUUGUUUAGCAAUGUGUGAACAUGCAUCUGCAGAACUGAAUUACGAAUCAUUAUAUUGGUUAUUAAAACAAACUACAGGUGAUACAAAUUCCUAGAAAUAAAUGCUACUGUGUUUGGUACUGGGGACACUAAAAAUUGUACAAACAGAAAAAGCUGCUCUACAUGUGAGUUCUUGUGGUUCUCGGGUGAUAAAUCAAUGAAGUCUCUGUAAUAUUAUUUUGCUUUCAGUCAGUAAUUAGAAAAAUAUUAAUGUAAAAUAAAUACAAGUUAAUUAGGAAACAUUAUAAAGAAUAUUGGAAACUAUGCUUUAGUUUUUUACAAGUUUAAGGAAUGCAUGUCCACCUUACGCAGUCCGUGAUUUAGACUUGGAUUAUAUAUUUCAGAAAUAAACCCAAAUGGCUGUAAAUAUAUGUCUUACGAGCUAAUUUUAUAAAUUACUUAUAAUAAGAGUAAUAAUAAUGUUCUAGAACAUGCAUGCUUGUAGGGAGCCCACAACCUUGUCCUGAGGUGGUUAUAAUACAAGUAAUAAAACAAAAUACUUUUUGUGAGUAACUCAGACUUGGGCUGCAAUGUUUGUCGGUAAAAUAAAGGAAGCUCAGAUUAACUGAUAUGCGAUAACGUCAGGGGUUGGGUGGGAGCCAUUCUCCAUUCACUGGACUGGAAACUUUUGUCGUUACCUGAAGAGUGUCAUAGGUUGUAUGAGGAAAUAAUGGCGUUAUUGAAAAGGACAAGCUGAGAGUUAGUACUGAGAUUAAUAGUGAGACAAGCACUUCUCUGAAAAGAAAAUAAUAAAUGAACAAAUCUACUCCCCAAUGGAAAGCUGAGCAGUAGAAACUGCAGUUAUUUAGAAACUAGAGUUAUGUAUCAUGUAUCAUGUAUCAUGAACAUAAUGUCUAACAUUCAUCUGAGGAAAUUAUGUGUAUGUAUGUAUGUAUGUGUACACACACACACACACAUAUUAUAUAUAUAUUUAUACACACACACACUAUUCACAAUAUUAUUAUGGGUUUUUUCUGGCGGAGAAACAUUCAUAUAGAAAUAUAGAAAAUAUAUAUAAUAGCUAAGCUAUAAACUACAGCUUUUAAUGCGAAUCUGAAUGUCUAGGAACAGAUCAAAUGUUGCCUUAUAUGUGCUUAACCCUCAGAAACUCCACUGCAGAGACUUCAAAUCACAGGCAUGAAAUCUUGAAUAUCAUGGUUAAUAUUGGCCAAAAAUAUGUAAUUCUUUUUUAAUUAAAUUUAUAGAAAUUUAAUAUGAGAAUAAAUAUGAUUAUACAUAUUGGAUAUUACAUGUGAACACCAUUCUCAUACGUCCAUUUUUCUGUUCAUCAGCGAUUAUUGCUUCAAAUGGCCAGUUUUUCAGGUUACUUACUUCAUUGUGCCAUAAUGCUUAAUACCAUCUUUUUGGCGCCUCCCGUUUGAUUUUCAGAUAUUUCUAAUCAUAAACAUGGAAUACCAUGUGAAAAAUGGCCAUCCAAUUAUCCUUAGGAUCUCUGUCUGCUCUUGUAGAAGCUAAAAGCCUGCUUAACUCUAAUCUGGACACGCUGCACGCCAUCCCACCCGCGAGCUGCAAUUCACAGAGCCAUGAGGCAAGGGAAAGUGUGUUUUUCUGUUUGAUACUGGUAGCAGCCUCUUCAUUUUCUUUGUUUGCUGUCUGAAAUCAUUAGUAGAUUAUUAGAAGGUUCAUAAUGAAGAAACCUGACUAAGAUAUACAUACAUGGAAUUCAUGGUGUGUGUUUAUAUAUAUAUAUAUAUGUAUUUAUAGCAUACGUGCAUUGUUAUUGUCAAUGACGUAACACUGCACACGAGUUACACCUUAUUGUAGUGCCCUUCUACGGUCCAUGGUUGCACAGUAACUGAAUUCCAGUGUGUUUCAUCAUUACAUAGCCUUUAUUUAUCUUAAGUCAAUGGAAUUUGCUAUUUCAACGUGUAAUAUUUCUAAGUAUAAAGAGAAAUGGUGAGCAAUAUUUGUCCCAUCAAAAUUACUCUUUGUAGCAGUUUUGCCGAUAUAUUUAAUUCUCCAUUUUUUAUGUUGAUCGAGGUUUCUUCUCUACGGAUGUUGAUUUGUAUUCUAUAUAUUCUCUGUACUAUAUAUUAAAAUUUCUUACGUGGCAAUAAA